AUGGGGCCAGGGAUCGCACUCAUUUUCGGGGCAGUGCCUGUAUGGGACCAACUCAAGCAAUUUGCCGUCUACAGCAAAGCUCUGCCCGGCCUAAACGCGGCCGCCGUGGGCUUGCUGGUCCAGACCGUCUUCGUGGUUUAUGGCAAGCUGGACGAGAAGAGCAAAGACACGGCGAUUGGCUGCUCCGGCGCCCGGGCCAUCGCUCUCCUCUCCUACUGCGCGAUCGACAUGGCCGGGAUCAACACGCUGAAGGUCGUGCUCGCGUUCGGGGCUCUCGGCUUCGCGGUAGCGGCAAUGCCAGCCGACCACAUGCUCGCUUGA